UCUUAUAAAAUAUGGACCUUAAAUAAUAACGACAACGAAAUUGAAAAGAAGGGGACCGUAACAACGAAGCCAUCACCAGUAGGAUGGGGCGUCUAUCUUGAUGGAUCACCAGACACCUACGUCAAAAUAAAAGGCUACAAAGAGCAAUGUUUGGGAAAACCUUCGCAGUGUGACUUUACCAUCGGGUUUCUUAUGAAAAUUAUUCCCCAAUCCGGAGUGCAGUUUUACUUUGGGAAUAAAGUGGACAGACUUUUGUACGAAGGUGUAAACAUAUACCAAAAUCAUAAUGGCAGAUUACGAGUAGAAGUUUUAGGCAAUGCUACUUACUGCAAAUACGUCAUAACGCCACCCCAAGGAGUGUGGUUUUAUCUGGGGAUUGUUUGGAACAGGGUAGGAACCUUGGGUUUGUAUUAUGACCCCUUGUCCAGCUUUUCUGUCUCUUAUUACCACUGUGGAGGUAGAAUCGACGGACUGGUAAGGAAUGGAAUGUACCACCUAGGCAGAUACACGUACCCUACUGCGUACUAUGACAAUUUAGAGAUUUGGUAUUACGAACAGUCUCGUAGUGUUUUUGAUGAGAGAUGGAAAGGAGCAUUUGGUAAGUUUGCCACUGUGCGUAAAUUGAUAAUUUACAGUUGUGUCAUUACAUUUAUCCUCUUUCAUAUUGACAGUAUAACAAAACCGCAGAAGUUCAGAUUAAAAAGAGUCAAACAUAGAUUGGUGCAGACGUCUGGCUUGUUAGGUGUACUUAUCACAUGCUAAAAACUAAGGAGAUUAAGAGAAUGUACCUUUUUGACUAAAUUAUUAGAUAAUAAUUAUACACUUAAAGUAUGGUCCCGACGGAAACAUUUAGUUUGUUUUCCCGAGAGUCCUGAUGUUUCCUGAGACGAAGUCUAGGGAAACAUCAGGACUCGAGGGAAAAAAAAACUAACUAGUUUCCCGAUGGACCAUACAUUAAGUGCUUUGUUAUAUAUUUAGACUUUCCCUCAAACAAUCCUAUGGCAAAAACAUACUGUUGUAUUCGGCGCGCGGGCAACAACUGCGCAAUUGCAUCCCGGUCCAUCCAGGGGUACGUGACCAAGAAUCAACCGAUCACAGUGCUCGUUUUGUUGAGUGAAAGUCUAGGUAUAUAACAUAUAAGAUUAUUGUUGGAAGAAUAUCAUCAUAAAGUUGAGAGAACGAGAACAACUGAAAAAGACAUCAAAGGACGACUGCGUUAUCCCUGAAUAAGCAAAAAGAGUGUGAACAAAAGAGUCCUUUGUGAUGCUUCAGAAACCUUUUUUUCGGUUAUAAGGCCGUGGGUUUGACAAUGAAAUAAUACUUGUCAACCCAUUUUCAGCUUAUGGCUUACCAUGCAGGAAAUAAAUUUGAUUUAGCCUUCUUAGUAAUAGAUGACUUUCCUUUCCAUAGAUGUUUUAACGCUGCAUAAGAAAUCACCCAAACUGCUUACGUUUGCCUUUGUCUUCACAGAUGUUAGUGGACAAUAUACGGUUAUACAAUUGACCAUUAUCUUCCCUUACCUGCAAUACAAGGCUGGAGACGUUGAUCAGGACGAGUUUUCCAACAAAGUAAGAAAUGUGACUCAAAUGCACCCAUGGCAUUCCUUGCUUUUUGUAACAAAUCAUUCAGUUUCUCAGGUAAAUUAUUAUUUUAACCUUUUUCCUCAGUUGCUUGCCUGUUUUUCAACACAGGUUAAGGAAUUAUUCAUUAACGACGCGCAUUUUCUAGACAUCAAGGACGUCUCAGUUUCACAAAGGUAACGUCUUUUUUCAAAGCUUCUUUCCAUAUCCUAUUUAGUUUUAUAACACCGUUAGGGUACGAUAGUCGCCCAUUAUAGCUUUUAAUUUACUUAGUUAACGGUAAAUUUAAUAUUGCUUUUAUCUAAUGUUGUAUUUUCACACUUCUUCGUGUGACGCAGCGAUGACAGUAGAACAGCGGUAUCAUUUACUUUGGAAUUUAAUCGCACUCAAGACCUUUGGGAAUCCAUCCUGAAUUUACAACUUGCAAUGGAAAAUGGUACUCUUCUAAGGUCUCCUAGCGUCUUUGAUGAGGAUUCGUGUCAGAACACUGAUGACAGCCAU